AUGCAACUCAUCAAGAUCUCUCUAAUUGCCGCUGCCGUGCUUUCGGGCUUUGCCUUUGCAGGCCUUUCGGAUAUCGAUGACAUCCCUGGAGAGUGCAAAGUCCGUUGCGCCAGCAUCAAAAGGAUCGGUAGAACAUGCAGAUUUACCCACAUUGGCAAUAAGAACGAGGUCAGCUGUAUAUGCAACGCGCCAGAUGCCCAGGAGUUCACUGAAUCCUGCUCAAAAUGCGUCGAGCCAUUGUGGCAGGAAGCUAAGGAGCACGAUAUCACCCAAAUCAAGAAAGCUUGCAACUGGGGGACUAAACCACAGCCUACCCCGACUAGCUCUGUGCCAGCCUUCACCAACUGGCCCAAGGCCACCGGCCUUGGGCCACUCCCAGGCCGCCGUCCCUCCUAA